UAAGAAUAUAUAUACAUAUGUCUUAAUGACAUCGAUUAAAAAUAGUAUCAAUAGAAAAAAAUAUGGUUUCUCUUGAAUGUUUUGUUUACUAAGUCAUAUAAACCCCAUUAUUGUAGAGUAACAUUCCACUCUUAAGCCAGCAAAGCCAAAUGGAAAUGAAACCAGUAUAACAUUAACUCGAGAGCAGUUCAAUCGUAUUUUCUGAUUCGUUAAAAAUGAGUAAGGAACCAUAUAGCACCGUUUUUACGCGAAAAAGCCGCACGGAGCUGUUUUCUUUAGAAGAGUGUAACAAGAUUUUAGCAAAUUUAUUGGCCGAUAAGAACGAGCAGGGUGUCUUACUUAAUUUUGAUAUAGUGCCCGCAACGGAACAUACUGGUUUUUUGGGUGAAUACUUUCACUUGUACCUCCGGUAUCUGUUGGAGGAUCAGAAAGAUGUACAGACCUCUCGACUGUUUGUCAAGUCGGUGAUAUUCCAAAAUGCGAGUAUGGAAUUAUAUAUGGAAAAAAUGGGUCUCAUUGAAAAGGAAAUAAAGCUUUAUGAUUUGCUAAACGAGCUGAAGAAAUUUUCUAACCAUGUGUGGAGUGCUAAGUGCUAUUUCACCCGAGAAGAUCUGUUCGUAAUGCAAAAUGUGGAGGACAUGGGAUAUGUUGCACUACCCUCUGGAACUCAUUUUCUAAAUGAGAACCAGAUGGGACCCAUUCUGAAAUCCUUGGCUACCUUGCAUGCCAGUAGUAUUGCCUACGAAAAGCAGAAUGGAAAAACCAUUGGCGUUGAGUUCAGAAAGUGGCUAAAGGAAGUGUCUGUUGAUCCGGGAGUUGAAUGGUAUACCACGGGCCUCAGGGCUGUGUUGGCAGUUGCGGCCACCCAUCCUGAUGUCCUGGAUAAUCCGGAAGCGCAGGAGUUUAUAGCACAUGAGCUGCCUAAAUGCCUGGACAAGGUUUACUGGAUGGUGAAUCCAUCACCAGUUCAUAGGAACGUCUUUGUUCAUCGCGAUGCAUGGAAUGCGAAUGUAUUCUACCACAAGGAAAAACCCUACGAAGAGAGGUCCGUGCUGGUAGACUUCCAACUCUGCCGAUAUAGCCCACCUGCUAUGGAUUUUCACCUGGUCAGUUAUCUUAAUUUGGAACCGUCUAGCCGAAAAAAGAUGAUAGGUAGUCUAAUCGAGACGUACUACGACGCAUUGGCUGUGGAAUGCCGAGAAAUGGGUAUCGAUCCCAAUCAAGAGCAAUUGAGUAAACAGGAAUUUGAACAAUCUCUCAAGGACUUUUCCUUAUUUGGAGUCACUUACAAUUGCAUAGCUGCUACCGUACUCCGCCUGCCCGAGAAUUAUCUGAAAAACCUAAAGGAUAAACUCCCGGAAGACUUCCAUCGCUUUUGCAAUGUGGAUCGCAAUGCAGAUGUUCUCCGUUUGAUGAAAGAUUAUCCAGAGUUUGCAGAUUAUAUGUACGAGUGUGUGGGGGAUUUACUGGCCCUGACAUAUCAUAAACUAAACUGAAUAAACGACUCUGUCCUA